AUGGAUGGGAUUUUCUUGUCAUCUUCAGCUGAGAAAUCUGUUCCUCCAAACAAGCAACUCAAGAACAUUCCAAGGAGACAUAGUAGUGGAGCUCACACAAGCAUCAUCCAUGGGGGAGGAGGAGGCCUCUUUUUGGCUCCCCCACCGUCUCUUUCCUUCUCUUAUCCAUUCUAUCAGGCUCAGCAUCAACCACCUCUCCUUCCACUUCCACUCCCUAAUAAACCUCUUCAUACGUCGCUCCCUUCUCGAACCCCACCCCUUUCAUCUUCUCCAUCUAACCUCAAAAGCAACAGAUACAAAGACCAAUCUCUGACCCCUCCAAAGAGAUCAAAAUCGAAGCAACUCAGUGGCAAAUCAGUAGGAGAGCCAAAGAAACUUCAAACCAGACCAACGGAGGGAAAAAAAGCACAAGGUGCAAUUAGUAAGCCCUUUGUCAUGGCAUCAGGAGGACCCCAGGCGGCUGCGAGAGAUUUGGAGAGGCUUUCAAGUUCUAUCUUUACACUCUCUCCACCACCUAGCAGCUUGCCUUUGCCCAGCUUUUCGCUUAGACCAAAGCUUGGCUGCAAGGCUGAAGCUGGUGGAGGAGUCGAUGAUGGAGCCACUGACAAUCUCCGACGACUCCUACGUCUCCCUUGA